AGUCAAAUGAAGAAGAAAGAACUAAGAAGAAAAACUCCACCAGCUCAGAACUUAGUGCCACAACCCUCUGCAUCUGAGAAUCCUCCACCAGCAUAUACACAAACUGAAACAGCUCCUCCAGUUGCUCCUCAAUCUGCUAUGAAACAACCAAUUAGGAAAUCUCCCAGGUUGACUCAGACUGAACCGACUUUAAAUGAUCAUCAAAUACACAAAGAACACAAUUUGGUAGAGGUGGGAGUAGUGGCAGUGCUAGUGCCAGUGGAAGUAGCUCACAUAGAGGAACUGGUAGAGGUGACAGUGGAAGGACUAGAAGUGGCAGAGGUCACACCAUUGGCACUCAAGAAAGUGCAGCCAGUUAGUUCAAUGGAUGUUUGGUUUGGUUUUUGGUGA